UACAGUCUAUGGGGCAGCUGCAAAUCAGACUGGUGAAGUGUUUCAUUUCUUCUAUUCAAGUAGAAAAUAGAGUACAUACAAAGGCAGUCUUGUUAUAAGGAAUAUCAGGGUGCUGAAAUGACAAAAAUCCACUGUGUUAUUUGCAGUCACACAGCAGGAGCUGCAACACGGACACUUUCUCGUAUCCAGGGUCAGACUGCAAGAGAAGGAUUGUGCGCUGGUUACAUUCAUGACUUGAAGAUUCAUCCUGAAAAACAGCAAAUGCCUCUGACACCAGUUUGCAGGGCUGGGGGUACAUUUUAUUCUCCGGAAACACACUAAUCACUGCCUCUCCAUGCCCACUUUCCGUGGUGGCAUCUCUCUGCUCUGCAACACACCACAACCUUCAUCGGCACCACCCUGUUUUUCCAGUUUGGAACAUGCUAAAGUAAAAAAUAAUAAAGUGUCAGCUGACCUGAAGCAUUUGAUGUGGCGUACCUUACAGAGACACUCAAGACUGCAUUGCUGAAAACUCAGCAGAUUCUCUAUCACAGAGGGCGUUGGCAACUAAACUGAGUGACCAGGGGGAAAAAUACCAGAUGCCUGUCUGCAAGUUCUACUAACUGGUAUUACUGAAGACAUCGAAAUCCUUCAGAGUCAACAGGAUAAGCAGGAGCUAGCACAAUGGAGAUGCCUGAUAUCGACACCACCACAGCCAAUGCCACCUUCACAACUGGGAAUGGCACCCUGUGCAGCAGGGACUACAAGAUAACCCAGGUUCUCUUCCCAUUGCUCUACACCGUCCUGUUUUUUGCUGGACUCAUCACGAACAGCUUGGCGAUGAGAAUUUUCUUUCAAAUCCGCAGUAAAUCCAACUUCAUUAUUUUUCUUAAGAACACAGUCAUUUCUGAUCUUCUCAUGAUUCUAACUUUUCCUUUCAAAAUUCUUAGUGAUGCCAAACUGGGAGCCGGACCUCUCAGAACCUUGGUGUGCCAAGUCACCUCAGUCACGUUUUAUUUUACAAUGUAUAUCAGUAUAUCAUUCCUUGGAUUGAUAACCAUUGACCGCUACCUGAAGACGACCAGACCAUUUAAAACUUCCAGCCCCAGCAAUCUCUUGGGUGCAAAGAUCCUGUCUGUUGUCAUCUGGGCUUUCAUGUUCUUGCUCUCACUGCCUAACAUGAUUCUCACCAACAGGAGGCCGAAAGAUAAGAACAUAAAGAAAUGUUCUUUCUUGAAGUCAGAAUUUGGUCUGGUCUGGCAUGAAAUAGUCAAUUACAUUUGUCAAGUCAUUUUCUGGAUUAAUUUUUUAAUUGUCAUUGUUUGUUACAGUCUCAUUACAAAAGAACUCUAUAGGUCCUAUGUAAGAACAAGGGGUGUAGGCAAAGUUCCCAGGAAAAAGGUGAAUAUCAAAGUUUUUAUCAUCAUUGCUGUGUUCUUCAUUUGUUUUGUUCCCUUCCAUUUUGCACGGAUUCCCUACACUCUGAGCCAAACCCGGGCUGUCUUUGACUGUGCUGCUGAAAACACUCUGUUCUAUGUGAAGGAGAGCACCUUGUGGCUGACAUCCUUGAAUGCCUGCCUCGACCCAUUCAUCUAUUUUUUCCUUUGCAAGUCUUUCAGGAAUUCCUUGAUAGGAAUGCUGAGGUGCUCCAAUCCUGUGUCACCCUCUAGAGAAAACAAGAAGAAAGGACAGGAAGGUAGUGACCCAAGUGAGGAGACCCCAAUGUAAAAUGUGACACAGGGGGCUGCUUUUGUCUGCAGUGUCCAGACUCCUCCAAGAAAAUCACCACAGAAAAAUAUUAACACUCAGAGAAGCUGAGCUAAUGGGAAAUAAUCUUUACCUACUUUCUCUAUGUGCAUGAGUAUAGUAAAAUAAAUUGCAUCCUCUUGCUAUACUGCAAGGAAACCCACAACCCAUAAAAAACUAAUGGUUUACCCAGUUCCUGAAACCAUGAAAUGUAAUCUCCACUGUCAUUUUAAAAUCCAUUACCAUUCAGUACUUUUUUUUGUAAUAAGUGAAAAAUUAUGUUUGAUCUGAUACAUUAAGCACAGUAACCAGUAACUCCUGACUUCUCAUUUAGAGCAACAAGGACAAUAAUGACCCCAUGGACACUCAAAGCAAAUGAAAUGGCAUUGGAUGAGUUCUGAAUUAUUAUAAAUGCUCAUUGAGAUGGUAGAGGUUCAUAGACCUAUCUUUCCAUAAAGAACAGCUAUAGCGAAUAAAACCAUUAACUUAAGGACUGUAAACUUUCAUAACAUUCUAAUAUUUAAAAAUAUAUAUACAUAUGUACAUACAUAUAUAUAUGUGUGUGUGUAAAUAUAUAUAUAUAUGUAUACACACACACACACAUAUAUAUAAAUAUAUAUAUAUAUAUUUCCUUAACACUAGAGAAAACAAUUUCACUAAGAUUCUGAGUUUACUCAGUACGGUGCCACCAUUGGCACUUAACUUCUUUUUUAAUCAGCUUUAAAAAUGCCUGCUGCUUGAAAAAAAAAAAAAACCUCUUAAUAAUAAAAAAGAUAAGUAAUUAUAGUUACCAAAUUGCAUCUCACUUCUACCAAUAAGAAAAUUGGUUGAACUAUUUGACAUUACCUGUUUGUAAUCACAUGUAUAAUAUAAAGAAAUUGCAUUUA